AACAUUAUGGCAAAUCUAGUAUGCCAUCCGGGAACUUCUCGCAUACUCAAACUCGCAUACUACGCAGAGUUAGUAUGAGUAGGCAAGUAUGCGGUUUCGAACACAGCCUUGGUCUUUUGGGGACUUGAACUGGUGACUUUGCCACCACCACCACUUACACUUCAAGUACAUUUCCUUCAUUUCAUUUCUUAAUUUCCUUACCUGUUUAUUGCAUUAAUUUUAUGCACAAAACACUUGUGCAUAGAAGUAUCCAAAUAUGUGAAAAACUGAUGUAUGAAGCUGAAUAAUAACGCCUAUUCAUGUGUUGUAUACUGUGUUGGUAUUUAAUGUCCUUGUGUUGUGUGGCACCAAUUCAAAAACAUUGUUUAAUUGACAAAAAUAUUUUUCUAUAAACCAAAGAGCUGUGAGUGUUUUUAUGCAAUUUUCCUAUUUUUUGUAACAUACUUUAAAUAUACUUUGUACUUGUUGUAUGGUACAAAAAGUUUGAAAAGGUUAUUUUGUUAUAACGACAAAAUAAGAGAAAAUACCACUUCCGUCCGCGACGUUGACGACUUAAAAACGUCAUCGUUGUGUCAAGAUGAGGUUUGUUUUCUGGACGAUUGAUUCCUGUUCCGGUACAACACGAUCCCCUCUACCGAAGUGAACCGAAUGACAAUAAAACCAAUUAAACUCAACUGACGUCUUUCUAUAAAGAAACAUUUUAGAAACGUGUCUUUAACCAGCGUCCUUCACGUCGAUUCACAAGGAAGGCUCUUUUUUGAGCAGUUAACUGGAAACCCUUUCUAACACCGCCCGGCUAAAUUAGUGUUGAACACAAAAACUAACGCUCCCGAUGUAACGCGGGAAACACUACUGUGUUGUUUCUACAGAGAGGAAGAGCCGCCACGCUAAUUCACAUAUUUAGGGAUAUUAUCAUCACCAGGGACAACAACUGACGUGAUCCCACGGACUUUAGCUCUGAUUUGAGGAAGUUAAUGAUAGAGAGAACCGCCGACUGUGUCUUGUUUCCGGACCGUUUGAACCCGGAGCAGCCGUUAAUUAUAUGUCGGUCCGCGCGCUGCCCAUUAACGUCUUUCUGUGUAGCCACCGAGCAGUUGUUAGCUCCGACACAAAGAGGGAGUCCUGCUAACGAGCUAAACAACACACGAACAUCCUCCACUCUUGACCUGUAAACAUGGAUACGUUUCAGAAGGUGGAGAAGAUAGGCGAAGGGACGUAUGGGGUGGUUUACAAAGCCAAGAACAAAGUCACAGGAGAAACUGUUGCUCUGAAGAAAAUCCGCCUCGACACGGAAACAGAGGGUGUACCAAGCACUGCCAUCCGAGAGAUUUCACUCCUCAAAGAACUCAGUCACCCCAAUAUUGUCAAGUUGCGAGAUGUCAUCCACACCGAGAACAAGCUCUACCUUGUGUUUGAGUUCCUUCAUCAGGAUCUAAAGAAGUUCAUGGACUCCUUCACAGUCGCUGGUAUCCCACUGCCUCUGGUUAAGAGUUAUCUUUUCCAGCUGCUGCAAGGCCUGGCCUUCUGCCACUCUCACAGGGUUCUUCAUCGAGACCUUAAGCCCCAGAAUCUCCUCAUCAACGCCCAGGGGGAGAUCAAGCUUGCUGACUUUGGUCUGGCAAGAGCCUUUGGGGUGCCUGUCCGCACAUACACACACGAGGUGGUAACACUUUGGUACAGAGCACCAGAAAUUCUUCUGGGCUGUAAAUACUACUCCACAGCUGUCGACAUCUGGAGUCUGGGCUGCAUCUUUGCUGAAAUGCUCACCAAGAAGGCCUUGUUACCCGGAGACUCAGAGAUCGAUCAGAUAUUCAGAAUCUUCCGCACUUUGGGCACGCCUGAUGAGACUGUCUGGCCUGGAGUCACAUUGAUGCCUGACUACAAACCCUCUUUCCCUAAGUGGGCCCGGCAGGAUUUAGCCAAAGUGGUGCCGAUUCUUGAUGAAGAUGGAAGAGAACUGCUCGGAGAAAUGCUGAGUUACGAUCCAAACAAAAGGAUAUCUGCCAAAAACGCCCUUGUACAUCGAUACUUCCGCGACGUCACCAUGCCAAUUCCUCAUCUGAGACUCUGAGCAGAGCAGGGUGUGAGUCUGUUUUAAUGCCAACAAUGUCUGAGCAAUAAGGACCUCCUCUCCUCAUUUCCACCAGUGGAAGACAUAAAGUGGACACUACGGGACACGUUGGAUCCUUUCAUGGACGUCACACUUAAAACCAGCUUUCUAAGACGGUUGACCUCCCGAGAGUUUCGCUGUGUUUUCAGCCACAAUGUUCUAAUAGUUACAAACAUUUAACUGUAAUUUUCAAUUUCAAUAUUCUGCAUAUUUUUGUGCAACUGCCAUUUCUGAUGUUAGUGUUAUUUGUGAUUGGGAAAGUCCCCUGAUUGAUUCUCGAAAACUGCCAUUGCAUUUCCCUAUUUUAGGAUGUCAAUUCAUAUAAUCUAUUAGUUAGAGUAAUUAAGUUUGGGAUGGUGCAAGAUACAAACGUCAAGCUCUUUGAGACUGAGCAGCAGCAGCAGCUGAAUGACAGAUGUGAGUGACCGUUGCAUCGUCAGCUAAUCUAAAACCGUUGGUGCUGAAAAACUACAAACGUACUCUUUAAGGUUGAUUUUCGUGCAGCUAAAUUCUUUAAAGUUGGUUCUGAAGUAUCUUGAAGUGAUUUUCUAACAGCACCUUUAGUUGUUUAUCACACACACAUGUUUGUUGGUCGUUCAGGUUUGCUUGCAGGAUUACAAAACUGAAGUUCUCAGCGUUGUACAUAGUUGUCCCUGUUGUCAUUCAGAUUUAACAGAAUUGAAUGUGCUGUUGCCUCUUUCUUACUCUAGAUUUUAUUCAAAUGUAAUGCAUUGUUUUUUAUGGAUAUUGUUUAUUUACAGUUUUAAAAAAAUAAACUUGUUUAAACAGCUGUUA